AUGACUCAGACAUGGCCUGCUGCUGAAGAGAAGGUUGAAUCAUCAGUGGAGGGAGCUGAGGAGCACUCUGAUGGAUCCUCCUGCUUGAUAAACAAGAAAGAGGGGAAAGGCGCAGAGGAUGACAACAAAGAAGCCGAAGAGAAAAGAGAUGCAUUUCCAGAAAAACAACCCCUCAGCCCAAAAGCCACUUCAAACAUCCCCCCAAUAUCUGCAGCCCUAGACCACAACCCUCCACGUGGUUCCUCCAUCACUAGAACCACCUUCUCCCCAGGUUCCCCCACGGAGAAGCAGACCCAGCUCUCAGCCCUCUUCAGUAGCCUGAGGCUCCUGAGGAAGGGGGCGGUCACGCCUGAGCACGACACUGCGGCCCAGAUCAAACCUGCAUCUCAGGGAGCAAAGAAGGCUUCUUUCACCGAGAAGCAGGUGCAAGGGAGCUUUCUGGAUCAAAUCACCCAGUUCCUGAGUCGCGAAAAGAAAGCGGAUGGAAAAGAAGCGAAGGAAGAGGCAGAGGCUGAGGGAGAACAUGUUAAAACAGAGGAGAAGAAUGAAGAAAGCCACGAGAUCCCUGAGAAGCAAGAAGAAAACACUAAGAAUGCUGAAAAAGAGAACACAGAAGUUUCAUCUGAGCCUACAAAAAAUGCAGAAGUUUCAUCUGAGCCUGCAAAAAAUACAGAAGUUUCAUCUGAGCCUGCAAAAAAUGCAGAAGUUUCAUCUGAGCCUGCAAAAAAUACAGAAGUUUCAUCUGAGCCUGCAAAAAAUACAGAAGUUUCAUCUGAGCCUACAAAACCUGCCAUGUCCAGUGCAGAGGCAGCAUUUGAUGCCUUCAAGGCUUUUUUCACUCCAAGACCUUUGAAGAAGGAAUCAGUAGAAAAGGAGGAACUGGAGGCAGUGAGGAAGAAGAUCAGAACAGAAAAGGAUAGCUUAAGAGCUUUUUUUGAGCGAGCAUCCAUUAAGAACCAAGAAAAGAAAGACCCAUCUGAUGGCAAAUCUGAGGCACCGCCCCCAGGAGAGGGAGAAGAACGAACUCCUGGUCGUCUGCAAACUGUCUGGCCUCCGCUCAAGGAGGAAAAAGUUGGACUGAAGUAUACGGAAGCAGAGCACCAGGCCGCUCUUCUGCAGCUGAAGAGAGAAUGUAAAGAGGAGCUGGAAAGGUUACAGGAGGACUAUGGCCAGAAACUGUCCAGAAAGAGGGUGGAGAAGGAGGAAUGUGUUGCUCGGCUGGAGUCGACUCUGGCUGAGCUGCAGGCCAAACUCGACCAGGGUGGGACCCACCCACGAGGGGAACUCAGAGAUGUGUGUGUGUCAACAGCAGAUGAUGUUUUACACAAGUCUUUCCGCAACGUUUGCAUCCAAACGGACAGAGAGACAUUUGUCAAGACCUCUGAGAGCGGAGGGGGGGCAGGGCGAGCAAACAGUCCUCAGCAGCCGAAGCCGACCUGCAAAAAGCUGGACCUGGCUUCUAUCGGCCUCAGCUUGGCCAGUCAGAGGGAUGAUACAAGGUCCUUCUCUUCACCAUCUGCUCUUCCAUCCCAAGCUCUUGGAUCCUCUUUACAUACACCAGAACCACCACCAGCUCCUCCUCAGACAGCAACACCAACCAACAUAAACCAUGCCCCUCCUCCAUCAGCUGCACCAUGGUUGCCGUCACCACCACCUGUACAUUUUCAGGAAUCAAAUGACCCACCACCUCUACUGCUGCAUCCACCUCCUCCAGGCUCACCUCCCCCACCUCCUCCUCUUCCAGGUGGGGGGUUCAUGUUCCAUAAACCUCCCAGAAAACUGGCAGUGGAGCCCUCCCGACCCAUGAAGCCUCUUUACUGGAACAGAAUCCAGAUCCAGGAAAACAAUAACAACACAUUGUGGAACAUUUUAGAGGAGCCGAACAUAAACACCAGCGAGUUUGAGGAUCUGUUUGCCAAAGCCACCGCAAACACCAAGAGGAAGCUGCUGUCAGAUGCUUGUGAGAAGAAAACCAAAUCCAGGAAGAUCAAGCUGCUGGACGGUAAACGCUCCCAGGCCGUGGGCAUCCUCAUAUCAAGCCUCCACCUGGAGAUGAAAGACAUACAGCAAGCUGUACUGACAGUGGAUCACUCCGUGGUGGACUUGGAGACCAUUGAAGCACUGUAUGAAAACAGAGCACAGCCAGAGGAGCUGCAGAGGAUCAAGAAACAUUACGAGACGUUAGCAGAAGACGAAGUUAAGCUGCUGGACAAACCUGAACAGUUCCUGUUUGAGCUGUCUCAGAUUCCAGACUUUACAGGAAGAGCUCACUGCAUCAUCUUCCAGUCAACGUUCACUGAUGGGAUUACCUCCAUCCAACACAAGCUCAGGACACUCUCUUCUGUCUGUAAGGGUCUGCUGGAGGGCGACGGCGUAAAGGCGGUGAUGGGACUUGUGUUGGCUCUGGGGAACUACAUGAACGGAGGCAGCAGGGCCAGAGGUCAGGCUGACGGCUUUGACCUGGAGAUACUCCCUAAACUCAAGGAUGUCAAGAGCAGAGACAGUCAUAUCAGCCUGGUGGAUUAUGUGGUGUCGUACUACCUGCACAAUGUGGACAAGAAUGCUGGCACAGACCAGAGUACGUUCCCCCUUCCUGAACCUCCCGAUGUCUUCCUGGCAGCACAGGUCAAUUUUGAUGACCUCAACACGGACCUGAUACAGCUCGGGCAAGAUCUGACAAGAUGUGAGAAAGACAUACAGAAAGUUUGCUCUAACUCUCCUGAAGAACACUUGCAGCCGUUUAAAGACAAGAUGGAGGCUUUUGUUCUCAGCGCACAAAAAGAACAGGCUGAAGCUUCCUGUCAGUUGAUGACUGCACAGAAAAGUUUUAAGGACUUGGUUCUGUAUUUUGGACUGAAGCCCAGGACCGGAGAGAAGGAGGUGACAGCUAGUCAUUUCUUCCUGCUCUGGUUUGAGUUUUGUGCCGACUUCAAGGUCAGGUGGAAGAGGGAAAACAAGAACAUCUCUAAAGAGAGGCUAAAAGAAGCUAAGAUGUCAGUGAAGAGGCUCACAGAAGAUAAGAAGGUGGAAACAAGAAGGCUCAACCCCAAUAGUCUGAAAGAACGAAUGCGCCAGAAAAGAUCCAGCCUACCUGUAACUCAAGAGCUUUAAAAAAGGAUGUGUACAGUGUGUUGCUUCGGGAUGAUUUCAGCCACACAACUACCUUUUCCUGUCUCUCACUUUGGAUUAAACUGGAUAUGGAACAUGGCACCAAAUCAACGUUUCCUUGGGGAAGUUUAUCCGUUAUUCUUACACAUCCAUGAAAUACUUCAUCAACUGACACUUUAUGUAGUAUGAUCUAUUACUUACAAAAUGUAUUUAACUCUAAAAGAUUUUCAGUUGCUCCAAGUGUCUAUAGAUUCUUAUACAUU